GACACAUGCGACACAUGUGUGUGUGUUGGUGUUGUGUUGUGUGGCCACCAAGUGUAAUAGGUAUUUUCCUCACAAAAAACUGUUUUACUUUUACCAAAUUACCAAUACGAAAUUGAGUAAUGUCUCACGAUUGGUUUGAAAGAAUUGGAAAGCCCAAAUAUGUGGUUGCCCCUAUGGUAGACGCCAGUGAAUUGGCGUGGAGAAUACUGUGCAGGCGACAUGGGGCCCAACUGUGUUACACUCCAAUGUUUCACAGCAAUGUGUUUGUAAAAGAUCCAAAAUACCGCAAGGAAAGCUUUACCACUUGUCCCGAAGACAGACCUUUAAUAGUCCAGUUCUGUGGCAAUAACCCUGAUACAAUGGCAGCUGCUGCUAAACUAGUAGAAGAACAUUGUGAUGCCAUCGACAUCAACCUGGGCUGUCCGCAAGCCAUCGCCAAGAGAGGCCGCUACGGCUCCUUCCUGCAGGAUGACUGGGAACUCUUAAACAGUAUAGUACAAGCCAUGUCAAAGGCCGUCAGCAUCCCCAUAACCUGUAAAGUGAGAAUCUUUGAUGACAUUGACAAGACGGUGGAGUAUGCGCGGAUGCUGGAGCGCGCGGGCUGCCGGCUGCUCACCGUGCACGGCCGCACGCGCGAGCAGAAGGGGCCACUCACCGGUGUCGCCCGGUGGAAACACAUCAAGGCUGUCAGAGAGGCAGUGUCCAUCCCGGUGUUCGCGAACGGCAACAUCCAGUGCCUGGCGGACGUGGCGCGCUGCCUGGCCGCCACCGGCGCCGCGGGCGUCAUGAGCGCCGAGGGGAACCUCACCAACCCCGCCAUCUUCGAGGGAGCCUCGCCCGUCACGUGGGACGUGGCCGACGAGUACCUCGACCUGGUGCAGCAGUACCCGUGCCCCACCUCCUACAUUAGAGGACAUCUAUUUAAAAUAUUUCAUAAGAUAUUUACAUUUGAGGACAACGAUGAGAUCAGGCAAAUUCUGGCUACGGGGCAAAACCUAAAUGACUUUAGGAAAGUGAGCAGCGCCAUCAAGCAGAAGUACCUGUCGUGGCACCAGGGCGGGGGCGGCGCGGCGGCGGCGGGGGGGGCGGGGGGCGAGGGCGCGCUGCGGGCGGGCACCGCGCUGCUGCUGCCGCCCUGGCUGUGCCAGCCCUACGUGCGCAUGUCGCCCGAGGAACACACUAGGAAGAUGCAAGCAUUAAAUAUCAUUCAGGACAGUGAGAGCCAGUGUAAGAGAAUACUUGAAGACCCAGAAGGAAAUGUAAUAUCUCGGAAGAAGAUGAAGAAGCUCCAGCGCACGAGCCGGCGGCCGGCGCGGGGCGCCCCCCGCGCGCCGCGCCCCGCCGACACCUGCCUGCCGCCCUGCGCCAACCCCAGGGGUGGCAAAUGCGAGUACAAGUUGUGCAAGAAGUGCUGCAAGAGCAAGUGCUUCGUGGAGGAGCGGGACUGCCGCGGCCACGGCGUGCUGGUGGCCACGCGCCGCCGCGCCGCGCAGCACCACGCCGCCCUGCGCGCCGCACGGGGGGACCCGAGUGAGGCGCAGCACCACACCACCCUGCUAGCACAGCGGGACGGCGACCUGCGCGAGGCACAGGGGGACGCCGCCGUCGAGGCCUACACUUUGUAAACUAUGACUUAUGCCUCGUAAAUAAAUUUGGUUUCCCCUUGAAAACUAACAAAUGACAAAUAAAACGUAUGGCAGUCAUAGGGCUCAUGCUAUAUUUUACAAAGUUAUACAACAUAUUGUUAUGUUACCUGUACAGAACUCAAGUGUAUAAAUACCAAUUAAGUAUACAUUUAAUGUAUUAAAAUUAUUUAAAAUAAAAAUAAUAUUUUUGAAAAAAGUAA